AUGCUGGAAGCCACCUCUUCUGAUUUGGGAGGAGCAGCCACACCCUGCAUGGACUCACCAGCUGACAACAAUCCCAACCCAACCAACUCAGAGGAGCUGGGUUUGGUUUCAGCCGUCCCGAUGAUCGGAUGUAUAAAUGUUGCAACGGCCCCUUGGCCUGUGUGCAGUUGCAGAGACACCUCCUUUUGCUGCAGUUGCUUUUCAGUGAUCUUAUUUUCCUCUGUGGCGAAAAACAAGAAGAUGGGAACCUGUUGGAUUUUGCUGGGUCUGCUCUCCAUCUGCAGCCUCUGCUUUAGUCAAGAUUGCGCUCAAGAGUUAAUCGAGAAUGUGGAUUUCCCGGGAUCAGAUAUAACCACUCUCUGCUCUCCGGAUGCAAGGCACUGUCAGCAGCUGUGCACCGAGCACCCCUCCUGUCUCUUCUUUACCUUUCUUCGACAUGACUGGACCAAAGAUAAGAGGAACUUCUACUGCUACCUCAAGUCCACUCCCUCUAAAAAGCCCAACGUCCGGACUCCACUACAGGGUGUCACUUCGGGCUUUUCUCUCAAAUACUGCAACCCAGAGCUGCAACCAACUUGUCGGUCUCCGCUGUACCAGAACAUGGCCUUCCCGGGGGCAAACUACAAAUCGUUGUUCACGUCCAGUGAUGAAGAGUGCCAGAGGGUCUGCUCGCAGGACCCUCACUGUCGUUUUUUUACUUUUGUAAAUGGCGUCUUCAAACCAGGGACCAUAAGAUACAAAUGUCACCUUAAACACAGCUGGUCGGUACCGAGGACUCCUGUUAUAAAGAGAGAGGUUGGGGCAGUAUCUGGAUUCUCCCACAAACUGCAAAUAACUCCAUACUCUAAACCAGUUUGCCAGGGAAAGCUUCUCUUAAACACUGACAUCCGAGGACGCGACAUUGAAAAUCUGCCCGCCGCCUCUGCUGAACACUGUCAGGCUCUGUGCACUGAUAAACCACGCUGUACAUAUUUCUCUUAUACCAGUCGUAACUUCCGAUGUUGCCUGAAGGGAAAUCCAUCUGUAUUGGUGACCAGAACCAAAGUGGGAGUCACAUCUGGGAUACCGGUGCACUUCUGCCGGAUGGAUGACAGUUGGCUUCAAGUGUCUCAUGAAGGAGUCAGUUUCCAAGGUUCUGACCUUCGCUUUGAGUUGAUGCAUGAUCCAGACACGUGUCAGAGGACCUGUACUACAGAUCCUCUUUGCCAGUUCUACACCUACUUCAAUGAAUCCUACUCCAACUCUGCUUUCAGGGGCCGCUGUUAUCUCAAGCGUGUCAUCACAGCACCUGCUCCUCCAAGAGUUAAAAAUUGGAAUAAUUUCGUGUCCGGAUUCUCCCAGAAGAACUGUGUGUAGAGACACACACACACACACUUUCCUUAUCCUCAUUCAGGCCGGAACGCCACUUCACACCCACACACACACCUCUCUGGACUGUUGGUUGGUCCUCACAUGAUCAGUUGUUUGCCAUUUAAAACACAGAUGAUUGUUUUUGUGUUGUAACUUGAAAAAUAAAACUGACAAUGAAAUAA